CAUAUGUCUCCCACUGAUGGCUCCCCUAUGUACUUUGUGUCACAUUUUACCAAACCUUACGGUGACCGAGUUACCAAAUAAUAUUUCCAAGUCGCAGAAAAAGUAACAACCCGUUGAGCAAUAAUGGUCCAAGAGAACCACCAGAGCUUAGGAAGCAAUAGUAACCUAUCCAACGAAAUCAAUGCCAACGACAACAAUCAGGCAGACCCAACUGCAGAUCCUCGAAGCCCUGCCGCCACUGCUGAAUAUGCGGAUUAUUACCGUGAAUUUCUUAAUGAACUUGUGGACUCAAUACGAAAUGAAGAUCAAGCAAUGGUAGCUCGCAUUGUUGGUCUUAUACGAUCUGGCGCAUCUCAAGAUGAGGUUCUUGGGGCAAUCCGGAGCGCAAAUAGUUAGUGCGAAAAAGAGGGUAUUCGCCACGGUUCUGCGUAUGGAACUGUCUAGUUACACCUGAUUUAGGCUAUGGAUGGUUCUUUGCGACGAGAAUUUAUCAUUACUAAUAGGUAGAAUUAAUAAUGUUACAAGUUCUAAUGUACUGAACUUUUACGGCCAAUAUCUGCCAGUGGUAUUCCUUUAUAACGACGGUC